AUGAUACCAACUCCAAACUUGGAUCACAUAUCUUCUAAAGAUUACGAAAACGUAUAUGAACCUGCCGAGGAUACAUUUUUGUUACUUGAUGCACUUGAAAAAGAUGCGGAACUUUUAAGAAAUGAAAUCGCACCUUGUAUAAGUUUAGAAAUCGGGUCAGGAACUGGGUGCGUAUCAACGUUCCUUGGGAAGAUACUUGGCGACGGCAAAGCACCAAAUGGUCUUUUACCAAGACUUUAUCAUUCCGUUGAUAUAAUAUGUUGUAAUCCACCUUAUGUGGUUACAACUUCUGAAGAAUUAUAUUCAUCAAAAAGUGUUAUCGAGAGAGCAUGGGCUGGUGGAAUUGAUGGGAGAGAAGUGAUCGAUAAGAUGUUACCAUUAGUUGAUGAAUUAUUAUCAGAUAAAGGUGUAUUUUACCUUCUAUUAAUCAGUGAAAAUAAACCAAAUGAAAUUCGCGAAACGAUGAAAAAUGAUUAUAAUUUACAAUCAAAGGUUGUACUAUCGCGUUUAGCAGGAAGAGAAAAACAAUCGAUCUUGAGAUUCUGGAGAGAUAUCCGGCAAUAG